AGCCCUAAGCGAUAAUUACCUAGGGUUUCAGAAUCAGAGCUGCUCCCUCGACUGAUCUCCUUUCUCAAAGUUUGUCUUCGAGAGAGAAACAUAAGGCAGCAUGUCUCAUCGCAAGUUUGAGCACCCAAGACAUGGCUCUUUGGGAUUUCUUCCCAGGAAAAGAGCUGCCCGUCACAGAGGAAAAGUGAAGGCCUUUCCCAAGGAUGAUCCAACAAAACCUUGCAGAUUAACUGCUUUCCUUGGAUACAAAGCUGGCAUGACCCAUAUCGUCAGAGAAGUUGAGAAACCAGGGUCAAAACUACACAAGAAAGAAACAUGCGAAGCAGUAACUAUCAUAGAAACGCCACCAAUGGUGGUUGUUGGUGUUGUUGGUUAUCUCAAGACACCGCGUGGCCUUCGUUCUCUGAAUACUGUUUGGGCCCAGCAUCUUAGUGAGGAGGUGAAGAGGAGAUUCUAUAAGAACUGGUGCAAGUCCAAGAAGAAGGCUUUCACCAAGUAUUCUAAGAAAUAUGAAUCUGAAGAUGGAAAGAAGGAUAUUCAAGCUCAAUUGGAGAAAAUGAAGAAGUACUGCAAUGUGAUUCGUGUUUUGGCCCAUACCCAGAUUAGAAAAAUGAAGGGCCUGAAGCAGAAAAAGGCCCACCUUAUGGAGAUUCAGGUGAAUGGUGGAGAUGUUGCUAAGAAGGUUGACUAUGCCUAUGGUUUCUUUGAGAAGCAGAUUCCAAUUGAUGCUAUAUUCCAGAAAGAUGAGAUGAUUGAUAUCAUUGGAGUAACUAAGGGUAAGGGAUAUGAGGGUGUUGUUACCCGUUGGGGUGUAACUCGUCUUCCUCGUAAGACCCACCGUGGGCUUCGCAAGGUGGCCUGUAUUGGUGCCUGGCAUCCAGCUAGGGUAUCAUUUACAGUUGCCAGAGCUGGGCAGAAUGGUUACCAUCAUCGCACAGAGAUGAACAAGAAGAUUUACAAGGUUGGAAAGACUGACCAAGAGUCCCAUUCUGCCAUGACCGAGUUUGACAGGACCGAGAAGGAUAUUACCCCAAUGGGAGGAUUCCCACAUUAUGGGGUGGUGAAAGACGAUUACCUGCUGAUCAAAGGAUGUUGCGUGGGACCAAAGAAGCGAGUUGUCACAUUGAGGCAGUCACUGUUGAAGCAAACAUCUAGGGUUGCUAUGGAGGAGAUUAAACUCAAGUUCAUUGAUACAUCCUCUAAGUUUGGCCAUGGUCGCUUCCAGACAACCCAGGAGAAGGCCAAGUUCUUUGGACGGCUCAAGGCUUGAAACCAGCCCCCAAGGUUGAAGAGAACUUUCAUCUUCUUUCUUUCAAUUGUUACCUGCAUACCAAGGUUUUUAAGACAUCAUUCCCCUCUUCCAAAAUUCUCUAUUAUGUGCUGGGAUUUCAGAUUCUGUUGCUGUUACUUGGAUUGUGGAUUUUGGAUUUUGUCACUAUUGCUUCCAUAAAAGCCAAUUUUGCUCUGAACUUCUUGCCUAAGCUAUUUUUUAUAUUUAAUAAAGAACACAGAGGUUAGCUGUUUUAGCUUUUA